CAAAAGCAAAAGAGAAGAUUUUUGUAAACGCGUUGACAUUCCGGACUGAAACAGUGAGAGAUCAGUGACAUAUUUCUUUACAAGCAUCACUGAAAGUCUGACUUCCCAAUCUAUUUUCAAAUGGGACGUUUAGCAGAGCUUGCCGGAGAUGAGGAGUCUGGAGAAAAAUCACAAACUUUUGUAUUCCAGGAUGAGGGUCAUACUUUAGGAAAUGCUCUUCGAUCAAUUAUUGCUCAAUAUCCAGAUGUUCAAUUCUGUGGUUAUACCGUGCCCCAUCCUGCAGAGACUAAGAUGCACUUCAGGAUACAGGCAAAGUCUGGUCGCGCUGUUGAUAUAUUAAGAAAAGGAUUGGAAGAUCUGGAGAAAGCCUGCGAAUAUACCGCCAAAGCCUUUGACACUGCAUGGCAGGCCUCCCGUUAAUAUUUACACGAAUGCCUUAUUUGGAUUCAACUGUGACAUACAAGUAAUGUUUGUAUUAUAAAUCCUCUUUUACGACUUGAAACAGUGAACCCCAUUUGUCAUCAGUUUUGAAUCAAUUUUGUGUCACUACCUCGAGU